AUGUCGCUGGAGCUGAGCAUGGCCCUGGCGGCGCCGCCGGGGGGCGGGCUGCUGGCCCCGCCCCCUCCCGCCCCGCCCGGCAAGGAGCAGCAGGUGGCAGGGGUGGGGAUCCUGCUGCAGAUCUCCAUGCUCGUGCUCUCCUUCGUGCUCGGCCACGUCCUCCGCCGCCACCGCUUCUACUACCUCCCCGAGGCCAGCGCUUCGCUCCUCAUCGGACUAGUUGUUGGUGGGCUUGCUAAUAUUUCAAACACAGAGACCAACACUAGGACAUGGUUCAACUUCCAUGAAGAAUUCUUCUUCUUGUUCUUAUUACCUCCUAUAAUAUUCCAAUCAGGAUUCAGCUUAUCCCCAAAACCAUUCUUUGCCAACUUUGGGGCUAUUGUAACUUUUGCCAUUCUUGGGACAUUCAUCGCUUCCAUCGUAACAGGGAUGCUUGUCUAUCUUGGUGGACUCACAUUUCUAAUGUAUAAACUUCCACUGGUUGAAUGUCUUAUGUUUGGCGCUCUUAUAUCCGCGACUGAUCCUGUCACGGUAUUAUCAAUAUUCCAGGAACUGGGAAGCGAUGUGAACUUGUAUGCUCUGGUGUUCGGCGAAUCUGUUUUAAACGAUGCGAUGGCAAUUUCUCUUUACAGAACAAUGUCAUCAGUCAGGAGUAAUGCAGCAGGAGGCGAGAACAUUUUUAUGAUGAUUCUACAGUUCCUUGAGAUCUUUGUUGGUUCAAUGUCAUCAGGUGUCGGAGUUGGAUUUAUCUCUGCUCUUCUAUUUAAAUAUGCGGGAUUGGAUAUUGACAAUCUUCAGAACUUGGAGUGCUGCCUUUUUGUUCUCUUCCCAUACUUCUCGUAUAUGUUAGCAGAAGGACUUGGCUUGUCAGGAAUUGUUUCUAUACUAUUCACAGGGAUGGUUAUGAAGCACUAUACGUACUCUAAUCUGUCAGAUAACUCGCAGCGCUUUGUUUCCGCCUUUUUUCACUUGCUGUCAUCUUUGGCUGAAACAUUUGUCUUCAUUUAUAUGGGCUUUGAUAUUGCCAUGGAAGAACAUAGUUGGUCACACGUUGGGUUCAUCAUCUUCUCGAUUAUAUUCAUAAUUGUUGCAAGGGCAGCAAAUGUCUUUUCUUGUGCCUACUUGGUUAAUAUAUCACGUCCAGAACAUCGGCGUAUACCUCUAAAUCACCAGAAAGCUCUUUGUUUUAGUGGGCUUAGAGGAGCCAUGGCUUUUGCGCUUGCUCUCCAAUCUGUGCAUGAACUUCCUGAAGGACAUGGAAAGACGAUAUUAACAGCUACCACAGCCAUUGUCGUUUUGACGGUUCUUCUUAUUGGAGGGUCGACAGGCACCAUGUUAGAAGCUUUGGAUGUGAUUGGUGAUGAAAAUACAUCAAUAGAAACUUACGAGGAUAAUAACAAUGGUUACAUUCCCCCAACUUAUGAGGAAGGUACAUCGUCUGGAGGAGGGUUGAGAAUGAAACUCAAGGAGUUCCACAAAAGCACAACAUCGUUCACCGCCCUUGACAAGAACUAUCUAACUCCAUUUUUCACCAGUCAGACUGAUGAUGAUGCUGAUGAUUUUGGUGAUCAACCCCAAAACCAGAGACGAGGAUUCUAUGAUCAAUAG